ACAAGACAAGGACAGAGGGAAGCUGAAUCUUCUUACCUUUUGUGUUAUUGGUGUCCGUGCCCGGAUCCGAAAUUUUCGGGUUUUAAAUCUAAUUCGGCUUAUCCUCUUUCCUGGGUUCUUCUUCUUCUUCCUCCUCUGAGAUUAGAAAUCUCUGUAACCACGGGAAGAUUCUUCCCUUUUUCUCCAGACAACAAAAAUAACAACAAAAAAGGGGACUGCCCUUUAUCAUGCCUACUUUUUUCAGGAUAUAAAACAGAUUAUUGAAAAUGGGUGGUUGUGUCUCAACCCAUUCAAGAGGAAUUAGGCCUCGGAUUAAAGGCCGUCGCAGAUCUUCCAAACACUUAUCUAAAGUAUCUGAUAUUGUUCCUCAUGCAAACAUUAGAAGGCCCAGUGAUGUCGGGAACCGAGUUUCUUUUGCUAUCUCGCAAGAUGAUGCAUGGUUUGACUCCGUCAGUGUUCUUGAUUCGGAUGAGGAUGAGGACUUCAUCAGCCUACCUGAAACGGAUAACGUAUCAUCAGGGGGUGGUGGGACGGGUAAUAAUAUCCCAAAUGGUCAAGUGGUUCAAUUCGAAUCUUCUUCGUGCAUUGUGGAUGGGAAAGGAAAGUACGAGGAAUACCAUGAGACUUACUUGAAGAUAGAUGGGAGUAAAACCGAGAAGUUUUUGAGCAAAGGAAUGUACAAGGAUCCUAGUGGUCUCUCUGUUCUCACCGGAAACAACAAAAAGAAACUAAUGGACCAUGCAAGCUUUAAAGGCUUGAAGGAACAGAAACGGAACUCUCAAGAGAAAAACUUGAGAUCAAGCCUGAGCCGAUUGAUGCCUACCGUUAGUUUCAACGACAAGACUUUAAACUCACCCACAUCUCAGAAACGAAAAUCCGCAGUUUAUAGGCUUUCAUUCAAGAGGAGAUCCUGCGAUGGUGAAGAAGUUACUGAGCAUCGUAAGUUGUUGUAUCGUCCAAAAGCAGGAUUCACCAUUCCUUGCUCAGCCAAGGAUAAGCAGUCCAGUGGAAGUUGGUGUGAGAUACCACCUUCAACUUUUAAACUCCGUGGAGAAACCUAUUUCAAAGACAAGAAGAAAUCCCCAGCUCCUAAUCAGUGUCCGUACGCUCCCAUUGGCGUUGACCUGUUUCUCUGUCCGAGGAAAAUUGAUCAUAUCGCUCAACACAUCGAGCUUCCAAACAUCAAAGCCGAGGCAAAGCUCCCUGCUCUUCUCAUUGUCAACAUUCAGUUACCAACUUAUCCUGCUGCGAUGUUCCUUGGAGAUAGUGAUGGAGAAGGCAUGAGCAUUGUACUUUACUUUAAGUUACGAGAGAAUUUCGAAAAAGAAACCUCUCAGCAAUAUCAAGACAGCAUCAAGAAACUUGUCAAUGAUGAGAUGGAGAAGGUGAAAGGUUUUGCUAAAGACAACACUGUUGCUUUCCGUGAAAGGCUAAAGAUCGUGGCUGGACUUGUUAACCCGGAAGAUCUAGCUCUAAGCUCGACUGAAAAGAAGCUUGUACAGGCUUACAAUGAGAAACCUGUCCUCUCUCGUCCUCAACACAACUUUUUUAAGGGUCCAAACUACUUUGAGAUUGAUUUGGAUGUGCAUAGAUUCAGCUACAUAUCACGCAAAGGACUUGAAGCAUUCAGAGAUCGGCUAAAGAAUGGAACUCUUGAUCUCGGCUUAACCAUCCAGGCGCAAAAAGCAGAAGAGUUGCCGGAACAAGUCUUAUGCUGUCUGAGGCUAAGCAAGAUUGACUUCGUCGACCACGGUCAAAUGCCUAUGCUAAUAAUCCCAGAGGAUGGAGAAACUCUCGUGUAAACGUCAAACAUCUUGAAUCCUCAACCGUUGGAUGAAGAAGAAAACCAAUAAAAAAAAAAGUGUGUGAAAGAAAUUCAUCAAAAAAAUAUUUGUAUAUUUCCAAAUUAUAUGUACAUCUAUAUAUAUUUAUAUUUAAACUUAUGUUAUAUAUAUAACUCAACUUAUAUAACGUUGAUAAUGCAAAACUCUUGAAGUCAUCCUUCUCGAGUUUGCGCUUUAUUGUUUGUAACUUGAACUCUAUUACCUCAAUUAUAUACUGUGUUGUUGUGUGUUAGUU